AUGGCAUGGCCGCUGGCAAUCUCUACAGCAGAGCUACUGUCCUACAGACGAAUCCAGACGAAGACGCUGUCGAUAGCGUCGAACCGCCCACCAACACGAUGCCACUUGACUCAUCCCGCUGGCAAUGUCGCGUCGCCACCAUCAACGACAGACAACCCCACGGACAAGCUGAUGCUGCCAGCCAAAGCAGCACCGCCAGAUCCAGACGCCGAGUCUGACGAAGUCCACACGCCGCCCGUCGCCGCGCCGGUCGUACUGUCCAGUCGCACCAGCACAAUCAGCCAAAGCCACGUCGUGCGAGCUGCGAGCGCACCGAUCCGUGAGCACUUGACGCCUCGCUGCCAACUACGCCGACCAACCCGCUCGACUGUGUUGAUGAGCGCCAGACCCGAUCAAGACAGCACCAGCCGGACCGGUUUCGCCAUCAGCGACUCUGUGCCACUGCUCACGGAUCUCGCGCCGCCGUCAGACACGAGAACUUGCGCCCCAGACUCGCCUCCGCCACGGACGAACAACGCAAACGGCGCGCCUCGAAGCAAGAGACUCGAGGUACAUUGGCACUGUGAUGCCGCUGACCGCUUGCCCCUCAACUACUGCUUGUUGUCUACGCUAAGCCGCCCGCGCUCGCUGUGCUACAUGUCGCCUGUGCUCUGA